GGAGCAGCCUAAAUGCAGGAUUGAACAUUGACUUGAAGAGUUAUCUGUGAUUUUAUUUCCAACCUGACUGAAUUUUUCUUGAAACUAUGAUUUAUAAGCUGUGUUUGUCUAGCAGCAGUCAAAGAAUAUAGAAUAUAAUAUAGAAUAUAACGUUUUUUAACCAUCCGAAAGUAACGGCUACCCGCGCCGAAAGUAGCGACCCCUUUUGCCUGCUAAAUGCGAAAGUAACGGGGGCCGUUACUUUAGGAAUUCUACGGUGCUCACAGACCGAAUUGGGCUCUACUCAGUCCUAUUACCAUUAGGUGUCACUAAAUUGUCAUACAAAGAAAUGGCGGAAAGCAUCAUGUGGGGGAGUUGCAAAAAUUGCAAAAAUCCGAGGAGUGGUGUAGACUUGAAUGGGGAUUGAAUAUUCGUCUUUUAACAAGGAUUUCUUCAAAUUGAUAGCAUUUACAUAAUGCUUGAAAACCUUUGUAUUUCUACCAUAGUAACGAAAGCAAUGAUGUGUAAAAGUACUAUAUAUCGGGUAAAAUAUGAAGAGAGGGCUUCCUGCAUGGCAUAAGGAAUAUUGCAUUCAAUUCUUGGUGUAGUAAUCACCUCUAAAAGUCACAAGGAUGGUUCUCAACAAUACCCAAGGAUUUAAAUUUGGAUCGGUUUUAUUUUAAAGUCAACGUCUACCUUGUCCCCGUAUCGCUUUCUAAGACCUGGUAAGCAUUACGUAAGCCAGGAAUUUGACAUACGAGUUCCUUGAAACGAGAGUAUCAAGACUCGUUUGGAUCAAUCUUUGUGCAGCCUCUUGCAGCAGCGUUCAACCUGUCCAAAUAGUGCGGACAAAGCAGCUCCAACAUUUUCUCCAAUAAGGAUGCCUAUAGAUAUUGGGACUUUUAAAGUCAGGAAACUGGGCCGUGCGAAAGGUACUUAUUGUUUAUCAGCAAUUGAAUUGGGAAACUAAGUAAAAAUAGUGCUUGCGUUACCCCGGGUACUAGAGGGUUUUUUUCGACACUGGAAACCGCGCAAGAAAAACCUCUGGCACCCAGGGUAUGGUUGCGUAUUCUCAAUCGUCUUUCUGAUAAGGACUAUAUUCAGUGAAUAGUGGCCCGCAUUUAUAGUAGGUGGCUAGACGCUUUUGUAAAAUUGAUAGUGUAUGAUUCGACUCAAAUGCACAAUUAUGUGAGACCAGAAAUCUACUUUCUUUUUAAAGGUGACCCCUCACAAGUUCUUAAUUAACAACGUAGAGAUAACGGUGUUCGACACACCAGGAUUAGCAGAUGGAACUGGCAACGAGACAGACUAUCUGGAAAAAAUCAAGCAAAACGUAAUUACUUUCGAUGUGUUCAUUUACUGCACAGAAAUGAACACGCGACGUUUUCGCAACGACGACAUCAAAACAGUCCAGAGGCUGACAGAGGCUUUCGGUUCGCAGCUGUGGGAACACGCAGUUGUGGUAUUAACGUUUGCCAACGAAGUUCAACCACCACCCAGCCACGAGGAUGCGAAUCCACAAGAGUUCUUUGACGAACGUGUACGACUUUUCAAAAAAAAGAUUCAAGAUGUCGUGUUGAAAGUCGGAGUGCCAGGAGAAGCAGUCAUUAAUGUGCCAUUUGUGGCUGCUGGAGACAUAAGCGAGCCGCGAUUGCCAGGUAUCGACAACUGGUUGACAGCUUUUUGGAUUGCAACGUUCAAGCGCUUAAACCGAAGUGCGCGACCCACAUUUCUUCUUGCAAGCAUUGCUCGGUUUAAUUGCGCUUCACCCUCCGAGCAAGAGACACUAAGAAGAGGUCGUCCCUUUAGAAGAAGCUUACCACCAGAGCAGUUACUGGGGGAAAAUCAACUGCAAAAGCAAAGGCAACGACGAAGCUUUCACGGUUUCGAGUCCGCCCAUCAUGAUCAAUGCAGUGACGUCAACGCCGACAAUGAUGAUGUCCCCCGUUCGUUAACUAGAAGCCAUUCUAUGGUGGAGGAAAGAACACCUCCAAAGCCCAAGCCCAUCAGUCCAAAGAAUGGGAAAAGUGCAACAAACGAUGCCCCCGUCAUCGCUGUAGACGAGGUAUUUGCUGAAGAGAUAAUGACGGAAAUCGGUAAAGAAGCUGGCAAGAUAGUGUGUGACCUGAUUCAUCCUGGAGCUGGUCGCAUAUUUUCACUUGUAUUCAGCUGGGCUAUAAACUUACUCAAACGAAUGCUACAGAACAAUGUGCUGAGGGAAAAUGAAAGUGGCUCUGUGGAGGAUGGGCAAGAACAAGAGCAGGAAGAUGACACCCUUAAUGCUGAGAGAGAACGUUAAACAAAAAGUAAAGUUUCAUAACUAAACAAAAAUUAGAAGCUUAUGAAUUUGACUUUCAGAGUACAAACGGUAAGACAUCAAAUUUAAAAGGGAAAUAUAAUACGGAGUAAACGUUCUUUUUCAAAUUUCAUGAAUCUUGCAGAGGGUGCAAAUCCUUCCGCUGAAGAACAUUGUUUCAUUUUACAAUCAUGAUUAGACACUCUAAAAGAACGCUUUGUGCUUAGUUUAUCUCGUUUUAUAUUGUAAAGCAUGGUAUAUUGGCUCAGAUUUAUAUUAAAUAGUUUGGCUGAAUCUUCCUACUAACAAAAGCCUUCUGUUUUGUAAUAAAGUUAAGCUCCUUCAUUUUAGAGUGCGACUUCACCAUAUACUUACCCUUGGUUAUUCUUUUAGCGUAUUUCACUCUGAUUGGUUCCCAACACUUGAUAAGGUGUUUUAAGAUCUGUGAUGUGCGAGACUCGAAAACGAAAUCCUGGCUUUCUUCUAAUUUAAUUCUGUGAAACGUGAUCAUUAAACCAAGCUAUCUAAGGCGAGGAAACUCCACAGGAAUUUGGUAAGCGGAAAUGUCGAACGUUGCUUUUUUUCCGAAGAGCAUUGGGGUACUUUCACUAGGUUUUGGAAAGGCCGUUAUCAGUAGCGAGAUUUCGUAUUAUGCUACCACGGCAAACAUGGUCAUGAACACACAUGAAGAGCUCGUUGGUCCCAUGAGAAUGAAUUUGGUUGCUUAGUUCUUCUCCUAAAUACCAAGGAAAUAACUUAUUCAAUUCGUUAAUUUAGGCCGUGCACCUCACUUACUCGCAAACGCAGUAGAAUAGCUUUACCGCUGGGUGAAUUCUGCCACUGAAAGAAGAGAAGUGAAAAGCUGUUGGCUCAGCUGAGAUAAGAUGAAGUCCCACUUCUAACGAAACUUCGUGGAAACACUCAGAUCAAUCACGACUCCAAUAAAACAAGGAAACUCUUGCUUGUCGCCAGAAUGGCGCCAGAAGGACAAGCGCGCUAGAAGUGCCAGAACUCUGAGCGCGUUUACCCUGGAAUGCUACUCCAGGGAUCUGAAAUUCUCUUGCGUCAGGAAUGCGACAAAUGACCACAAAACCUUCCCAUCAAGUGACCCACGUGACAGCCCACGUGACACGAGAUAAAUGAAUACAGACGAAGCCAUUUCUGAGUUGCUUUUUACUUCUGUUUCAAAACGAGUUCUGGUGCACAACCUUUUAUAUGGAAAUGAGUUUGAUUUGCAAGACAAGAAAUGUGCAAGAAAAAUCUCAAUUUUACAUAAUCUCCGAUUUAGAAACGUGGUAUACAUGACAAUCCAAAUAAAGCGGGUACUUAGCUUAGCUAUUUUCUCUUUAGCGUUUUUUAUCUUAGCAAACUAUUAUUUUCAGGUUUCCUCCAAUUUAAAGGGA